GCUGCAGAGGCCAGAUAUACAAUACCCAAAGCAAUGUCCCUGCGUGCUCUUAGAAAACGAGAAUCGGGAAACUGUGGCAGCAACAACUACACCACCACCACCAACAACAACAAUAACAGCUCGGUGAGAACGCUCUUUAAGAAGGCCAGCACAGCAACAACGUCACCGAAGCAGCGCUCAUUAGCGCUAAAAUCGUCAACUUCUAACAGCAAUUUAGACGUUCAAAAACUAAUCCAUCAGCGUAAGCUGCUGGGCCGCGCCACCCAGUCUUGCCCCGAUCUAAGGACCUGCGUCAAGUAUUCUGCCAAUAACAGCCUGUUGCGCAGCAAGUCGGAGAGUGAUGUGGGUACAGUAGCCUUGGCUGGCAACUCUGGUGUUCCUCUGACGGCGACCAACGCAAAGUCGGAAGUGUGUCUGCAGAGAAUCAGCUCGCACAGCUACGAGCCGGAGCAGCGGUCUGCAAACAGGAAUACGAUGAUGGGCGGUGCGCGUUCGCAUCGGGACCUCACCCAGUCCUCCUAUGGCAGCAGCGUGGGGGGCCAUGCGAGCGAUCUGGAGCCUGCGAGGCCCCCACGACGCAUGAGCGAGUGUAGCCUGGGAUACAGUCAGACCAGUGGCGGAGGCUACCCACGACGCAACGGCUCCAUGUUUGCGAGCCAAAUGACUCUGUCGUCGGGCUCGGCGGCACCUGUUGAUCCCAAUGCAGUGCUGCGCGUGCCAAUAAUUGGCUACGAGGUGAUGGAGGAACGUGCCCGUUUUACGGUCUACAAACUACGCGUAGAGAACCCGGAAUCGAAUGACUGCUGGCUGGUAAUGCGACGCUACACGGACUUUGUCCGGCUAAACGGCAAGCUAAAGCAGGCCUACCCCAAGAUAUCGUUGAUGCUGCCACGCAAGAAGCUCUUCGGGGACAAUUUCAAUGCCGUCUUCCUGGACAACCGAGUGCAGGGGCUCCAAAUAUUUGUCAACUCCGUAAUGGCCAAAGAGGAGUUGCGCAGGUGCAAGCUGGUGCGAGAGUUCUUCUGCCUGGACGAGCCGCCCUCGUAUUCGGAAUCCAUGGAGGAGUGUCGGGCAAUAUUCGAGGCGCAGGAGGAGACCAUCACUCACCUGAAGAUGCAGAUACAGAAUAAAAACGAUCUCAUACUCAGUUUGCAGCAAAAACUCCGUGAGGAGAUGAGCGAAAAGGAGCAGCUCAGGGAGGCAUUAAAAAACGUCAACCUGAACUGCUCGCACUGCUCCUCGGCCAACGACAGUCUGGGCUUGAAAUAAGCCAGCAAAUUCUAUGGGGGGAGGCCAGUUCAACGUGCGCGUGGGUUCAAUAUUAUGCUGAGCAUAACCCUGCCCACCCGCACCGCUCGUGGAACACAUCCAUAUCCAAAACCAAGUGCAUAUCGAGGCGCUACAAGGCUCAUAUCUAGUUUUAGGUGCUGUCUACGGGCAAUUUAUAAUUCAAGAUAUAAUAUCUUAUAUUUACGCUCACAUCAAAAAAUAUAUCUAAGGCACAAUUUA